CAAAGCUAAAUGAGCCAUAGUUGAACAUUAUUUGUUUAUAGAAAUCAUUUAUGAUUUUUUUAGUGGUUAAUAGCUCUAACUGGGGUUAAAUGUAAAAAAAUGUAAUCAUUUAGUAACAUGUUUCCUGAAGGUUUUAAUGAGGCGUUGCCCAUUAUAAAUGAUUGUAUGUAAAUUACAGGUGGAGCUUUAACACGGUGUGUAUAUAAGAAAACGUGUUGCUCUUAGUGGCCAAAGCCAAAAUGAGUUCUUACGAUAUUGAAAUGGGUCCGUUGGCAUUUGCCAUAGUGAUGGUGCCCAUUGCUGUCACCACUAUCCUGAUCAACUUGUUUUUUAUCUGCUGCAUGUUUUCUUCACAGGAAGGACCAGAAAAUCUACAAAAGCAACCCCUUAAUGUUUUACUCGGAUCGCUUAUUGCGUGCAACUUCAUUCUUAACAUUUUUAACCUUUUGUAUGUUAUGUAUGACACUGUUGAUGUGUCUCUAUGGGUAUUUGUUGUUUCAUCUGCAGCUACACUUUAUACCAUGAGGACAAGUUUUACUGCGUCUCUAGGGCUGAAUGUAUUUUAUUACUUUCAGAUUGUUCCUGCCCACCAACCUUUUUUGCUCUGGGUGAAGACGCACAUCAAACUCUUUAUGUAUUUGAUGUUGUUUUCUGACAGAAUCUUCUUUUUAUUCGGAUUCAUUAUGCAUGUUCUUCCAAGAAGAGUUUUCAUUUCUCAAGUGGACUUGAAUUCAUCCAGCGUUGCCUUAAAUGUCACCAGUGAAGGCUUAAGAGUCCGACAUUAUCUGAUACUGACAGACUUUUGGCUUAGAUGUUUCUAUUUUUUGGUUUGUCUUGGCAUCAUGGUGGCAUCAAACACUUCCACUGUUCUCUAUCUAUGGAGACAUGUGAAGAGGAUGGAGGACUCAAGUUCUUCCUCAGCUCUUCAUUACCAGAAGCAGAAGCGAGUGGCUAUAUUGAGCAUCAUACAAACUCUGCUUUUCCUUUUCUCCUCAGCUUGGCUAAUGUCAGAUGAAAUCAUGUUUCGUUUUAAUGUAUUUUAUUUUGAUCCAAGUGGUAACAUACUUUAUUCUGUUGUGGGCUUUUACUCUUUUGGUACAACCAUCAUUCUAGGGGUGGGACAGACAAAAUUCAGAGUUCGAGCUGUAGAGAUUGGGGAAAAAUUGGUCAGACUAUCUCACAAAGUAACCUGAAUGUGGGUGACAGGAAUGGGUAAAACAGAAAAUUGUUAAAU